GCACCGGGCCCGGGGCCUGCGCCUGAACCGAGCCCCCCGUGAGGGCACGGCCGGCGGGGCACGGCCGGGGAGUGCCCGGGGUGGGCGCGCAGCGCGGCCCGGCCCCAGCGGGAGCUGCCGGUGGCCUCUCGGUACCCCCCGGUAAAGCCCCGGUAAGGGCCCGGUAAGGGCCCGGCGAUGGCGGGACGCGGCUCCGUGCCCAGCCUGAGCAGCCUGCAGAAAACCGCCCUGCUCCUGGGCGUGCCGGCCGCCGCCACCGUGCUCUACAUCCUCUACCGGCGCUACCGGGAGAGCCGAGAGGCGCAGGUGACGCUGGUGGCAGACGAGGGGCUGGACGUGGGGCUCAGGGUGCCCCGCACGGCCCUGAAAGCGCUGAUCGGCCGCCGGGGAGCCACCAUCAACCAGGUGGGCCACGACUGGGGGGACUGGGAGUGCUGGGAGAUACUGGGGGAACCGGGGGGACUGGGGACUGGGGGGACUGGGGAGGCGGCCGUGCUGCGCAUCGUGGCCGACAGCGCGCCCGUGGCCGAGCAGCUGCGCGUGCCCCAGCGCGCCGUGGGCAGGAUCAUCGGUACGGGGCACCCCAAAACCCUGGGGGGAUCCUUCUGUACCCCGGGACACCCCAAAUCCCUGGGGAACCCCAAAUCCCAGUGUACCAAACAGCUCUGCGUGCCCCAGCGGGCCGUGGGCAGGAUCAUCGGUAUGGGGCACCCCAAAACCUCUCACAGCCCCAAAUCCUCCAGGGGAAUCCUCAUAGCCACCCCAAAAUCCUGGGGGGAUCCCUCCAUGGCCACAGGGACACCCCAAAUCCCUGGGGAACCCCUUUCGCUGAUUUCGGGGUUCCCCCUGUGCCGUGGCUGUCCUGUGCCCAGCCCAGAUUUCAGCUUCCCUGCUGACGAGCACCUGGACGUUUACGUGUCGGCGGCCGAGAGCCCCGGGCACUUCUGGAUCCAACUGCUGGGCACGCGCAGCCUGCAGCUGGACAAACUGACAGCUGAGAUGGGCCACUUCUACCAGAGCAGCCCCGCCUGUCCUCUCAGUGUCCUCUCUGUGUCCCCUCUGUGUCCCAGCACUGGACAAGUUCAUGGCCAAGUGGAUUUGGGGUGGGUUUCAGUGGAUUUGGGGUGGAUUUGGGGUGGAUCUCAGUGCGUUUCCCUGCUUGGGGCUCCCCCAGUGCCCAGCCCAGAUUUCAGCUUCCCUGCUGACGAGCACCUGGACGUUUACGUGUCGGCGGCCGAGAGCCCCGGGCACUUCUGGAUCCAACUGCUGGGCACGCGCAGCCUGCAGCUGGACAAACUGACAGCUGAGAUGGGCCACUUCUACCAGAGCAGCCCCGCCGUGCCACCCCCGUCGGUGCACGCCGGGGCCAUCGUGGCCGCGCCGUACCGGGACGAUGGCGAGUGGUACCGGGCGCGCGUGCUGGGGACGCUGGACAACGGCCACCUGGAGCUGCACUACGUGGACUUUGGGGACAACGGCCAGGCCCCCCCCGAGGCUCUGCGGGCCCUCAGGAGCGACUUCCUGAGCCUGCCCUUCCAGGCCAUCGAGUGCAGCCUGGCCGGGAUUGUCCCCAGCGGUGGCGCGUGGCCCCAGGCGGCCCUGCAGGAGUUCGAGCGGCUCACGGGCUGCGCCCGCUGGUGCCCGUUGGUGGCGCGGAUCUGCAGCUACGGCCCUGCCAGGACCUGCCCGCGGCCCCGCCUGCGCCUCUUCGCCCAGCGCCACGGACAGAGCCUGGACGUGGGAGCAGAGCUGGUGCGUUUGGGCUACGCCGUGCCCGGGCCCCCGGAGGAGCCCCCGGACACUCCCGGCUGCGCCCCCGCCCCGAGCCCGGUGGAGCCCGGGGACGGCCCCGGCCCCGCGCCCUGCCUCAGCGAGCCCGGGCCCUGCCGGUGACACCGUGCAGUGACACCGCCCCGGGAGCGGUACCGGGACCCCCCGGCCCGUGCCCGGUGCCACCGGGAGCCGCUCCCGGUGACCCCAUCCCGGUGACCCGGAGCCCUCCGGGAGGCCGGACCGACCCAUCGCGGGGAUCUCCGCCUGUGCCUCUUGCCGGGACACGACACGCCGGGGCCGAGGGCCGGCGGUGCCCCUUCCGUUACCGGGAGUUCCCGGUUCCCUCGCCUUGUUGUGCUGUUCCGUUGCACUAACUGUGGUUCUGAGUUAAUAAAGUUGAAGGUUUCUCAGCGCU